AUGACUGCCGUCGCGAGCCCUCCCAGCUUCCAGCAACUCAAUCGACCGGGAUGGAAUGUUAAUGGCGGGCAAAGUCUGAAUUCGAUGAAUCCAGAAGACGUCAGAGGCAUGUUCGUGCCGCGGAAGACGCUGCAGCGGAGCAACUCGUCCUCCUCCGUCGCGUCCACCUCGUCCAACUCGUCCACCACCACCGUCGCCACGAAUGCCUCGCAACCAAAUGGCACCCCGGCCUCGACCAACUCCGACAUGAGCUCGUGGUCGAGCACCGCUUCGAGGAAGCGCCCACAGCCCAAAGGCCCCUGGCCCCCCGGCAAACCAGAAGGCCAGCCCGAUUUUGGCAGGCCCGUCAUGCGUUCGCCCAUGAACGGAAUCAACGGCAACUCGUCCCUGCAGACCGUUCCCGGCCAGCCGCAGAUGAUGCCGCAACAAGGCCUCGCCGCGAGGCCCGUGGGCGAUCCCAUGCCCAGCGGCCAGCCCGUCCUCUACCUCUUGUCGCUGAAUGGCACUUUCGAGCGCAAAACCAUAUCCGUACCAUACUAUCCCGAGAGCCUUCGCAUCGGUCGCCAGACCAACCAGAAGACGAUCCCCACUGCCACGAACGGCUACUUUGACAGCAAAGUGCUGUCCAGACAACACGCCGAAGUGUGGGCCGAUCGCAUGGGCAAGAUCUACAUCCGCGAUGUCAAGUCGUCCAAUGGAACCUUCGUCAACGGGACGCGCUUGUCGCAAGAAAACCGCGAAUCCGAACCCCACGAACUACAGACCGGUGAUCACGUCGAGCUGGGGAUCGAUAUCGUGAGCGAGGACCAAAAGACGGUCGUCCAUCACAAGGUUGCCGCCAAGGUUGAGCAUGCCGGCUUCGUCAGCCCCUCCAACAACGUUAUGGACAUGAACUUUGGCGACUUGGAUCCCGCCAACGGCGCCAUGGCCGUCCCCGCGUCGGGACCAAUGCCGUAUCGCGGCCGCACGGGAAGCAACGCGUCCAUGGCCAGCAACGGACGCAUGAUAGCUCCUCAAAACAUGGCCGGCAUGGUCCCCAACGGCGGAGCUGCGCGUGGCUUCCUGCUGACGCCUAUUACCACAGAGCAUAUUGUGAAGAGGCUGCACAACGAGAUGCGGAGUGCACGACUACAAUCUCAAGACCUGUCACGGACGGGCCAUUUCAUCCACGCGCUGCUUGGCAAAGAAGAAGUCAAGGAUCUGGAGAAGCCCGAGGCACACGAGCCCCCUAGACACCUCCCUAAUGGCAACGCCCUGCCCUUCCGAACCGAUGCGAAGACGCGAUUCUCCGAUCCGCCCGCUCCCCCGCCUCAGCAGCCUCUUCCCGAGAAGCCUGAUGUGCCUUCGCUCAAACGAGGCACCACCGAGCGACCGAAGGCCAACAGUACCCCGUCGCCUGUGGGACGGGACAACCUGCACCAGAUCAUUCAGUUGACCGAGGCUUUGAACAACGCGAAGAAGGAGAUGGAUACCCAGACCGCCCGCAUCAAGGACUUGGAAGACAUGCUCACCAAAGAGCGCGAGGCACGCGAGCUUGCCGAAGACAUGGCAAAGAUUCUCGAGGACAGUGCCGUCAAGGAGACCAAUGGCGGGCCCAAAGAGCAUGAUGAUACCGAGACCAUACUCGAAGACGCUUUUGAGCCGCCACAGGACGAUUUUGAGACUCGAGACGUUGAAAUGACGGACGCCGAACCCAUUGCCGAAGAGCCGACACCAGAAAGCGCCGAGGACAUUGCCGCUCGUUUCCAGGCCAAGAUCGACACGAUGAUGUCAGAGAUGAGCGAUCUCAAACAGCAGAUGGAUGCCUGGAAGCAAAGAUGCGAACAGGCCGAGACGGAACGUGACGCGGACCGCAAAACCCUUGCCGAGAUGGUUGCCCGGAUUCGCAGAGACGAAGAAGCCAAGCAGGCGGCGGCGACGGCGGAACCAAACCGAUCUCCAUCCCGUGGGCGUCGCGGUCGCAGCGGGGGCCCUGCCGAGAAGAUUACCACCGUCGUCCAGACAGACGGCUCUGGCGAGUCGACGCCGGCCCCUACGCAGACCGAGGCCAGCGUGUACGACCCGAGCGACAAGCCUACGCUGUCGCGAGCCAACACCAUAACGCCGCUCACCAUACCACCGGGCAAGCUGGCAAAGGACCAGGCCAUGAUGGCCAGCGUACCCUACGCCUCCAUGCUCGGUGUUGUGAUCAUAGGCAUGGGCCUCAUGGCUUACAUCAACGGCUGGCAACCGGAACCGACCCCCCGUCAUUGA